AAUAAACUGGUAGAUAUUCCUUUACUUUUCUUCUUUUUCCUAUCAAUAUUUGCUCAACAACUGAUUAUAGGAAGAGAAAGCAGACUGCGAUCUCUUGGUUCUAAAUCUACAUUUGGUAUUUCUGAAUGCUUAUAUUAGUGGGUUUUGGUUCUGUUUGUUUCUUGCUCCUCUCAUGGCAUCUCUUUCUCUUUUCCUUGUUGGGUUCCUUGUUUUAUCUUGUGAGGCGAUUGCAGUGCAUAGAAACUUGGAUGAGAGUAGUGAAAUUGUGAUGGAAGAAGGGGAGCUUUUGGGGCUUUUUGAUGUUAUAGGAUCACUUCUAGAUGAACCUGGUUGGGCUGAAGUGCAUCCAGAGCCAUGCACCGACACUCCAUGGCCUGGUAUUGAAUGUGAAAUUGGUCAAGACCCUCCAAUCUUUCAUGUUACGACUAUUCACAUUGGCCCUGACGUUGCUACCCCACCUUGCCAACCUUCUGCUAAAAUAUCAGAUUCCUUGCUCAAACUACCUUACCUGCGAACUCUCUCGAUUUUCAACUGCUUUGUAACUUCACCAGUUACACUUUCUGCUUCUUUAUUUGGAGCAUUGUCUUCCUUGGAGCAUCUAUCACUACAGUCAAAUCCAUCUCUCUCUGGAGAGAUUCCUUCAAGCUUGGGGAAUAUUUCUAGGCUAAGGGUCCUGAGCUUGUCACAGAACAAUCUACAAGGAAAUAUCCCUGGUGAGCUUGGUGGAUUAGUCAACUUGGAGCAACUUGACCUGAGUUACAACAAUCUAAGUGGUGAAAUUCCUGAAGAUAUUGGAGGACUGAAAAGUUUAACCAUUUUGGACUUGAGCUGGAAUGGCCUUGAAGGGCGGGUACCAUUUGCUUUGGGUCAGCUUCAACUUCUUCAAAAAGUUGAUUUGUGCUCAAACAGGAUUCAUGGGAGGAUAACUCCAGAUUUGGGAAAGCUAAACAGGUUGGUUUUGAUUGACUUGAGCCAUAACUUCAUCAAUGGGCCAAUCCCUGAGACUCUCUCAGGUUUGGAGCAGCUGCGGUAUUUAAUAUUUGAUUACAAUCCCAUAAAUUCGCUGAUUCCUUUAUUUGUGGGGUCCCUCAAGAGGCUUACAUCAAUCAGCUUCUCAGGAUGUGGGUUAAUAGGCCCAAUACCCAACUCCUUAUCUUCAUUAAAGAAUCUCACUGCUCUUUCUCUCGACAACAACAGUCUCACAGGGACAAUUCCUUCAAUUUUAGGGUCACUUCCAGAUCUAGACCACCUUAACUUGAGUCACAACAAGCUAAGUGGGGAACUACUACUCUCAGAAGAGUUCAUCAAGAGACUUGGGAAAAGGCUGGAUGUUAGAGGAAAUAUUGGGCUAUGCACAAGCUACCAGCUAUCCAGGAAGAACAUCUCUAGGUAUCUACAAACCCCAGCUUGCUUGGGAACGGAAGGAAUAGUUAAUAACGUAACUUGUCCUGAAGAACACCCGGACGAUUUCAAAGGAAGGAAGCCAUAUUGGAACCAUGGCCAGAUCAGUUCACAUGCUCCUUCCCAAGAUCCACAGUUCAUUUCAACAUGUUUUGUUCUUUUUCACAUGCUUUGCUUUUUGUAAACAUUUCUACUAAUAUCCUGUCAACAUUUAUUUUGUCUAAUGAAAAUUAAACUAAGCCAAAGUUGAAUAUGAAAAUGAAAAAACUAUUAUAUAUAACUAUAUAUGAUGUUUGCUAUGGGCAUUGAUGGGUCAUUUUCUAGCUGGAAAGAUGCAGAGCCUACGGCUACCAUGUUGGUGAAAAUAUGCAGAGGGGCAUUGACAUAGUAGUUGAGGUGAGUUUACAUGAUAAGGGGCCAAAAAGUUUUGCAUCUGGCUCUAUCUAUCUUGGUAUCCAGUGACAAAGCUCCAUCUCUGCUUGCUGGGGUUCAUUUCCAGCAGCCUUUUAGAAAGAGAAGCAAAUGUGUGUCGUAUCUGCUGUUGAAUUGAACUGCAUUUUAGCCUUUUGACAGUGAAAAAAGAUAUGGAUCUCUGUACUUGAUCUUUAAGAGAAUGAGAGAUGGAGGGUAAUGUCUAUGGUUUAUUUAAACAUCCCUGGCAAAGGCUAAAUUGGUAACAUUGUUUGAUCUUAUCUUCUUCUGGAUAUAAAUAGAAGAAAAAUCACUUUUUUCUCUGUGAACUUUCUAACACUAAUCACUCCUGGAAUCUUGAUGUUUUGGCUGUUAAUCUCCGACAUUAACUCAUUCAAUCAAUCCAGGAAUCUUGAUUCAUCAUAAAAAGAAGUUAAUGUUUGCUCAUGUCAUUGUGGUAGCGGUCAAAAUUUUGGACCACAAAAAAGAGUUUUAGAAUUUGAGAAAAGCUUGAUGAUAAAGAGAGAGCUCCACCAAUAAGAACAUCAAUGCGUGGCUUUGAACACUCACGAAUCCGACUAUUCAUGAUUAAUAUUGCAUCACUAUGCAUACAGGACAGAGAUGAUAUGAAAAUCAAACAUUUACAACGUUUUUCUCUACCUAAUAAUCUCUAUUUUUUGACUUCAUCAAUAAGUUAUAUCUUGUACAUUUCAUGUGCAGUAACGUUUUCUUGACUCCCUUAAUUAUCUUCUAGAUUUUAUGUGUAGUAAGAUUAUUUAGUCUUGGGACAACGGUAAUUAUUUCUAAAGUAACUUGUUUAGCAUGAAAACACAAGAAAAACAUGUGCAGAAUUGAACAUAUGCAACACAAAUGCAUACAUGAAAGCUUAACUGUUUAGUUUCAAUAAUUAAGAUUUAAAUUCUGACAGUUUCAAGUAACAAAAAAAAAAAAAAAAACUUUAAUUGUUAGAGCAUUUGAUUUUCAUAUAUCAACUAAACAUAAAAAAAGAAUAUACUUAUUAUUAUAAUUAGGCGCGUUAUAAAAGAAGAACAUACCGAUAAUCAUAAAAAAAGAAUAAAUUAAUAAUCAUAAUUAAACGCGUUAAAUCGAAUGGAUUUGUAUAAAAAUAUCUUCUUGUUUCUUCAAUUAGAAAUAAGACAACAUAGACCGGCCUAAAAAUAUGUCACAAUCAAUUAUAAAUCUGUAAAUCUAGAGUGUCACAUUCGCCAUUUGGUUUGCUUUUCUUUUUUGUUUUCCCACGGGUUGGCAUAAAAAUUUUGGACCUUCUGAAUGAUGUGAUUCAAGCCCCUUUCUUCACAUUAUCUCCAAGUUCUCAACAUCACAUCUUCCGAGCAGUUUCCUAUGGCAUUUUCCAUGACCAAGACAAAGAAGGUGAAGUCCAGAUCACGCACGGCUGGUGAGAAAACAUUUUUUUGGAACAUAGUUUCCUUGUAAUUUACCAUCUACACGUUUUUAUUUUUUGCAUUAUUUUCCAACCCAAUCUGAUAUACAAAUUCAUGUUUGGGUAUGAACUUUAAUCGAGCACUCAUAUUUUAAUGAAAUUGGAACUUUUGCAACCAAUUAGGGUUAAAAUAGGAAGGACAGAUUCUAAAUAUUCAAAGUUCAAGCAUUAUUAGUCAAUAAUAUAAGGAUUUUGUAACUUGAAUUUGAUUUGUUUCCAUUAUUCUAGAUUUCUAGUCAUAAUAAGACUAAGCUUAUAAUUCUUGUUUUUGACUGUAUUAAAUUUUAGACCAACCCAAUUCUAAUGUUUUGAGUCCAAGAAACAACUUCACUUUUUUCCAAGUUGAAAUUAGCAUAAUGUUUUGAAUAUAUCAUCAUAUAAUUUAUAGAAUUUAUAUAGUUUAUUAUUUAUAUGAUAUAUAUAUAUAUAAAUAGUAGAAAAUUAAGUUAUAGAAUUUCUUAGAAAAAUAAUACGGUUUAACCAAAAAAAACUACCAAAUUGUCAAAAUCAAAAGGUUCAACAUUAAUUCUAGUUGAAGCAAGAUGAAAGAUCUGUCCAUAAUAUAUCAAAAAAACAAUACAACAAUCAAAUAAUUAAACUAGAAUGGGCACCAAAAAAUCAAUUAACAAAUGUAAAAUUGAUGGUUCUUCGAGCUACUAGCAUAUUUCAUACAUAAAUUUACAAAAAAAAAAAAAAAGAAAGAAAAAAAGAAAAAAGCUUCCCAUGUCCAUAUGUA